GCACACUGCACGUUCGCGAUUGUACGGUCAGGUUGGAUCUGGAGUUGAGAGCGUAUAACAUUGAACACCUUAUCCCAGUGAAAAAAAUCGACGCAAUUUUACAAUCUCCGUCAUCAGUUUCGUCUUUCGUCGAUUAGUGACUGAUUCAGACGCUUGAGGAGAGGAAGAAAUAAAAGAUAAAAGUCAUGCGCACUCGCAACUCAACCAAGUCAGCAAGCAUUCCGGCCAAGUCAGGUCACCCUGUCCCUGUGUCUGCAAAAGGUAAAAGAGGUGCAGAUCUUUCGACGAUGAAGACGGUCGCUGCCAUGAAACUGAAGGCCCUGGCCGACGGUCACCUGACAGACUGUGUUUUCCUGGUCGGUCGCAAUGAACGGCUCGCCAAGGAAAUUCGAGCCUUCAGACUGGAACUGAUAGUAGGCAGCGAGUAUUUCUCAGGGUUGCUGAACAGCCCGUUGACCCUGGCCAACCCUGGACCAAUCAGGGUGAAGACCAUUGAACCUGACGUCUUCAAACUGGUCAUCGAGUUCAUUCACCUGAGUGGACACCUCAAGUCCAAAGUGGAGAGUCUGGAGGUUUGUCUUCAGUUGGCAAGGGCCGCCGAUGAGUACCUGCUAGAUGAUCUGAGUCAUUUGUGCUUGGAACAACUGAGGAACAAAUUUCUGUUGGUGGAAAAUGUAUGGAAUGUGCUGACUGAGCACCGCCUGAUCAGAGGCAUCGCUAAGGCUUGCCUCGAGCUGUUGGAAGAGAAUGCAAGCGAGUGCUUGCGGGAUAUCGGCUUCUUAGAGGCCAGCGAAGAAGCUGUCAAGCUUUUUCUGUCCUUGGAUAAGAUGCAAAUCGAGUCUGAAAUGGAGCUUGUCAAUGCCUGCAUUGAGUAUGCUGAGAAGAAGAAAGACAAAAAGCUGGACGUGUUUCGUCGAGCAUUCUUGCCAAAUCUGCGCCUUCUGAACUUGUCCACUAAAAACCUCAUGAAGGUGCUUCCUUUCCUGACAGUUGAGGAAAAAACCUACCUUGCUGCCCAUGGAAGUCCUCUGAAAGUGGGUUGGACACCGAAAACUCUGCCCAGUCUCUGUGACAAUGGGUCCAGCAGGGAGAAACGUCUGGCAGAGGAGCCAUUUCAGCCAGGGUGGAGCGCUAAGAGGCGGCGUGGAGUACGUACCUUGUUGGUAUCGUAUCCUUCGAGAGACUGAAUUUAACUGCUUCAUGAGAUCAUUGUUUCGGUGGAAGAUGAGAAAUUAGAAUGUUACUUGAUUUGAGGGUGGAAAUGCAAGUUUCUAAUGCGCAUCACAUAAAUUUCUACCCAAAUGGCGCGAACUCUCUUGAUACUUUGAGUUUUGGUAGCUGCAGUUUAAACUGUAAAGCGCUUAUAACGUCAUAUUGCUGUAACGUUGUAAAGUUUAUUGGCUUGAGACUAGGGUUUACUUGUAAUUAUUCAAAUAGAGACUAAUUCAUUUUUAUUUUGGUAUUAGUUGCCUAUGAUUUUAUCAAACACAUAAUGCUAAAAAAUUAUCCACUGAAUAAUUAUGUGUAAAACCUAGUCUCGGGUCAAAAUUGAAUUUUCUGCAUGAUUUUUUUUGUUUUUGACAUUGAAUUAAUUCACAACGGCACAUUACGAAAUUAACCAUGGAACAAUGCAUUAAUUGAAUGCGAAAGAUGAAAUUUUAUAUCUGAUCUUGAAUAAUCAACCUAUUAUAUCCGAAUAGGUUUCUGUUAUUCUUCGUGCAUUUUGUGUGAGGGAUGUAAAAUUUCCCCCAAACUCUAUCAUGGUUGUUAAAAUACUUAAGAAAAUUUGAUGCUAUUUUCUGCAUUUUCUCUGGCGCUUAGAAAAUAUCAGAUUUAAUUUUUGAAGUCUGAAAUCAAUUUUUUAACAUGUAGCGUAUUUCAUCAGAAGUAUUUAUUCCAACACUAAUAUAUGAAAGUUACACACCUGAUUUUUAUUCAUUCAUAAAAAAUAGAUUAUUCCGAAAAGUAAUAAUUGCUGGAAUCAAAUUUAUGAUAGUCAGUAUGAUAAAAAGUUCCAAUGAAAAAAUAAAUUUGUGAAAUUUCUUGACAAUCAAAGUGUAC